CGUAGCACGGGCGCGCGGCGCUUCUCUGUGCCUCUUUCUCUGUAAACAUCACUGCAGGUACUAGCCAAGGGCGUCAUCAGAGCAACCGUCUACCACGAUUUCCAGUUGUUUUGGGACACCGUAACUGAGAGGUGCCGGAUGAUCGCGCCUGCACAUUCCUCCAUGCAGAGGCAGCGAGGACGAGCCACCGACUGAAGCGGGGACGGAAUCCUGGAAGCAGCCUCCCACAGUGCUCAACUAGGGACUCGGAUCCAUUCUGGUCUCGUGUUGUAUUACGAACUGCUUUUACGCCAGAAUGCCUCCAUUUUUUUGAAUGUCGUUGACAACAAAUGAAUAGUUUUCGGCGGUUUGUUCCGGCAGCCGAGCGAAUGCAGGCUGCGCCCCCCGCCGCCCGAACAACCUCGAUGGUGGACUAGAGUCAACACACGCAACACGACAGGUUAACAUCCAGACCCAUUGGUCUUCAAGCUACGACUCAAAACAAGUGGUCCAAGUGUCGUGGAAAGACGGUAACAGAAGGAUGUCGACGCUGCCCUCAUACGCCUUACACUAUUGAGCCCGGGGACCGAGCAAACUUUGAACAGCCUACCUCAUUCCAGGAGCGAGUUUUUCGAAGCUCUCUACCUCAUCAUUUCCUCGAGUCUUUACUCCGCUGACUGAAAUACCUCAUGAAGUUAUCGUUAAGAACUCAAAGUCUCAACGCUGCUGGCCAGAGAGCCCACAAAUGAAUACCUCAAGUUUCGUCUGAGCCUUUAUUAUCGUAACGCUGCUGAUGGCUUCAUUUCCAGACUCAGACCUGCAGACCUGCCCUCUCUGCAAGGAGCUGUGCGGAUCCUCUGCUCCGAUAUCCUCCAGCUCUUCCACCUCCUCUUCGUCGUCACACACCUCGUCCUCCUCCAGCCAGACCACCAGGAGGCUCCACGUCCUGCCCUGCCUUCAUGCCUUCUGUAGGCAGUGUUUGGAGGGUCAGAGAAGUCCUGGUGAUCCUCUGAAGCUACGCUGUCCCACCUGUGACCAGAAAGUGUCCAUCUCGGAAUCGGGUGUCGACUCGCUGCCCUCAUCCAACUUCCUCUUCAGCAACAUGUUGGAUGUGGUGGUGAGCUCAGAGGAGCCGAUCCAGAACAAGAAUGGCCACCACCACAGAGGCCUAGGCUCUUCCAGCUUCCUCAACCCCCACACUGGUCUUCUGCAGCCCCACAACAUGGGGGAACCCCAGUGUAGCUCUUGUGACGAGGAUAAUCACGCAUCAUCCCACUGCUUGGACUGCCAAGAGUAUCUGUGUGACAACUGCGUGCGAGCCCACCAGCGUGUUCGGCUCACCAAGGACCACUUCAUUGAGCGCCUGGGCGAGAAUCUCCUCCUUGGUCGGCUCAACACCAACAGCAACCCCAGCCAGCCGGGAGUGGCUGUCUCUCUUGCCCAGUCUCUGCAGAACAACUUUGCCCUGUUGUCCCUCUUCCAGGACCGCAUGAGCUUCUGCCAGCAGCAUGAAAAUGAGGUUUUCCUGUUCUUCUGUGAGACCUGCUCAGUGCCCAUCUGCAGGGAGUGUAGCAUGGGCCGCCACAUGAACCAUACCUUCGUGUACUUGCAAGACGCAGUCCAGGACUGCAGGUCCAUCACCAUCCAGCUGCUGGCUGAUGCUCAGCAGGGACGUCAGGCUGUCCAGCUGAGCAUGGAGCGUGUCCAGGCCAUGGCGGAGCAGGUGGAGAUCAAGGCAAAGGUGGUCCAGAGUGAGGUGAAAGCUCUCGUCCUCAGACACAAGAAAGCACUGGAGGAGCGGGAGUGUGAACUACUGUGGAAGUUGGAGAAGAUCCGUCAGGUGAAGGCCAAGUCGUUGUACCUGCAGGUGGAGAAGCUGCACCAGAGUCUGACCAAGCUGGACAGCACCAUCGCCGCGGUCAGUCAGGUGCUGGACGAAGGCCGACACAUUGACGUGCUGCUGGCAAGGGAGCGAAUGCUGACCCAGAUCCAUGAACUGAAAACUCUCAGGGGGCUGCUGCAGCCACAGGAGGAUGACCGCUUCAUGUUCACGCCUCCAGACCAGGCUCUUUACAUCGCCAUCCAGUCUAUGGGCCUGAUCAGCAGUGGAGCCUUUGCCCCAGUCACCAAAGCCCAUGGUGAGGGCCUGAAAAGUGCCCUGUGCGGUAAACCCUCCUCCAUUACCGUGAUUGGAUACGACCACGAUGGUGAACCUCGACUGUCUGGCGGAGACGCCCUUUCCUCCAUUGUCAUGUCCGUGGCCGAUGGCAACCUGUGUGCGGUGGAGGUGACGGACCACCAGAACGGCUCCUACACAGUCAGCUACCUGCCCAAGUGCGAGGGUGAGCACCUGGUGUCCAUUCUUGUGUGUAACCAGCACAUCCAGGGCAGCCCAUUCAAGGUGAUGGCCAAGUCAGGGCGGAGCUACGGCGCCCUGGGCACCCAAGUGUCAUCGUUUGGAGGCGAGGGCGAGGGAGACGGGCAGCUGUGUCGUCCAUGGGGAAUCAGUGUGGACAAAGAGGGAUAUGUGGUGGUGGCAGAUCGCAGCAACAACCGAAUACAGAUAUUCAAGCCCUGCGGUGCCUUCCACCACAAAUUUGGCUCUCUGGGUUCUCGGCCCGGUCAGUUCGAUCGACCUGCUGGUGUUGCGUGCGACAGUCAGAGACGAAUCAUUGUGGCAGAUAAAGACAAUCACCGUGUUCAGGUGUUUACUUUUGAGGGCCAGUUCUUGCUGAAGUUUGGGGAGAAGGGUACCAAGAACGGGCAGUUCAACUACCCAUGGGACGUGGCUGUCAACUCCGAGGGUAAGAUCUUGGUCUCGGACACCCGGAACCACCGUGUGCAACUCUUCGCUCCCGACGGCUCCUUCCUCAACAAGUACGGCUUUGAGGGAGCUCUGUGGAAACACUUUGACUCUCCACGCGGAGUGGCCUUCAACCACGAGGACCAGCUGGUUGUCACCGACUUCAACAACCACCGUCUGCUGGUCAUUCGUCCUGAUUGCCAGUCGGCCCGCUUCUUGGGUUCAGAGGGCAUGGGCAACGGGCAGUUUCUGCGGCCUCAGGGUGUUGCUGUGGACCAGGAGAACCGCAUCAUCGUGGCCGACUCCCGCAACCAUCGGAUUCAAGUGUUUGAGCCCAACGGGAACUUCUUAUGCAAAUUUGGAACCCAGGGGAGCGGCUAUGGACAGAUGGAUCGGCCCUCUGGGGUGGCCGUGACGCCGGAUGGUGUCAUCGUGGUUGUUGACUUUGGAAACAAUCGUAUCCUCAAGUUCUAAAGAAUCUUUUAACAUUCUCCCCCUUCUUCUCUCCUCAUGCAGUUCCUUAUGUUGGAUGAAGGAGUGGAGAGAAUGAAUCAAAUACAAAUGUCGGAGAGGUCACAGAGCACCAGGAGCACACUGACCAGGAGGGAAACUUUAGAUGGAUCCGCAUAUUUUUUACUUCUAUCUGUGGUAUUUCAGUGGGGACCUCUACAAUGAUAAUCAGUCUGAUAAGAGCCAUGGUCCCUCCUCCAGCUGCUCCUGGUUCUCUGCACCUCUCCUCACAAAUCCUUCUCAGGGAAUUUCUCAAACUCGAGCCCUCUGCUCAGUACCUACCUCAUUUAGCUCUUUAUGAAUGUACUCAUAGUCGUCGAGCAGAGGAUCAGUCCGUGAAGUUUUACAAAGAAGAAAAAGUCUACCUCUACGCUUUGUUAUUUAAGAGAGACGAAAAAACCUCAUUCACCCGUCAGUUGAUGUUUGCACAGGAUUAAUAGAAUUCUUGCUGUGCAGUUUUGAAAAAAGAGCAGAAUGUUGCUGAGACAAUAUUCAGACCGCUGCAGACGCCUCCCUCCUCACAAGAAGGUUCUGCGCGGACAGCAAGCAGGCUAGUUGGGAUCCGACCCUUGUGGCUCAGUGUGGCCACAAAGAGCCUGCGGAAUGCCAAACUUGAUAGAAUCAAAAAGCUCAGGUCAUGUUAGAACUGAUGAAAGUGAUCAGUCCUUUGUCUUUCUUUUUUAAGACCUUUUUAUCCCUUUUAGCUCCAGUUCUCGCCCCGAUUGAUCCCCAACAUGUGACACUCCUCACCCCUCCUUCGAGAAAAAAAAGAUAAGAAGUCAGUCUUUUCAGACUGGAUCAAACUAUGUUAGGCCUCUCCAGUCUGCUGCAGAUGCAAAGAUCUUGUAUGCAAGGAUGCCUGGCUCUCCUCUAAAGCUCAGGAUUCAGCAUUCUGGAGAUGAUAAAGUGAUUAAUAAUAGAGUGACACCUUUUCUUGCCGAGGCAUGCUGUGUGACAAAAGCCUCACAAGUAGACCCCUCAUUUGGCCGUCCAGAGGACAUGAAUGACAUCAAAUGAAACACAAGGCUUGUCCAAAUAAUCCUUUGGAUGUGGCCUGUGGUUGGAAGCCACCCCACUUUAGCCUGUGGUCCAAUCUCAGGAGAGCGCUAUCAUGAUGCUCUGCUGAGCGCACUUGGGGGGCGGGACAUCCCAGGACCCAGCACUGAUAGGCCGAUCCUCUAAAGAUGGAGGUCUACAGACCAGAGAGAACCAAAGUUAGAAUUUCUGCACAAUAGUCAAAUAUACACUUUGGCAGGACAAAAAUCCCUUUAAAGCAUGAGUGAAAUCCGGGAAGCUCACGAUACUCGCAGAGUGCAGAGCACCGCCCACAUGUGGGUCUGCUGAGUCCCAAAGCUGUGCUGCAGUAGGUGGAGGGAAGCCGCACCAAAGAGAGAGCUACCCUGCGUUUUUAUUUGAUAUGUACGGUGACGCUGGAGUCCAGUCGGCCAAUAGAAAUCAUGCUUGUGUCUCCAUCCUACCACCAUGGUGACUCAUGUGGCUUUUGGGGUUCUGAAUCCCCUCCCAAGUCAUACUUGGAGGCUCUGGCCUCUGAAGGGAUGAGCCUGUGUGCACAUGAUCACUUCUCCUGCCGUCUCUCAGAGAAGCCACAAUACCUCAAACAAUGGAACUAAAUACCUCAUUCUCUUUGAGAUACCUCAUUUUCUCUUCUUACUUUAAGCUUUGGAGCUACCUCCACCACAUACCUCGUUCUUUGACCGCAAUCGUACUGCAGUUCCGUUCUCGUCCCAUCGCUCCUGGACCAAAGAUAACCUCUCAAGUCGUUGUGUAUCUUGCAUCUCUGAAAAGCUGUUGUUUUCAUUUUUUUUAAAUCUACUGUCGAAUGGCCUUCUUCUUCAUGAUCGAGAAACCAAAUAUGUCAGAGCCAAGCGUCGUGCCAAAAACGUUCUCUGAGAGUUCUGUGCCAAACACGGUUGGUGUUCGGACCGGGAGGUUCUCGACGACUUGUGUCACCGGACCAGAGGAAAAUCCUUGCUCCCUGGAUGCACUUAAGAGGGCUGGGCCCACCAAAUAUUUGAUCUUAUCAUGCUGAUUCCACUGUUGUCACUGUGCUCAAGGGCUGAGGAGAAGAGAACACACCUCUUUUGAAGAGCGGCAAUCGGUACCGCCUUGAUAAACGCACAACAAUUACCUCGAUCUUCAGCACAAUUUACUGUGUGGAUUUAAAACCUCGUGGACCCUUCAACUGUGGUCCGUAGUUUGAGUCUGUAGACCCUGUUGCUCCGAACGCGACAGCUCAUUUCACCACUUCCUCCGUUUGAUUUUCAGUAUUAGUAUGUGAAAGUUCAUUUUCACCCUCGAGAGCAUUAUUUUUAAGUCACGAUGGCAGAGUUGUGUGUGAAAACUUCAGCUCGUCUGCAGCAGUUUUGGAAGAAUGAUUGCAGAGUUCUAUCUUUGAGAUCCUUAGGUCUUUGCUCUGAAAGAGGCUUUGCUAAAACUUUAUUUCCUUUUGAUGCAUGCUUUAAAGAGAAUUCAGUCCCUCUAGUAUGCUGAUGUCUCUCAGAUGGUGUUGACAAGCUCUGAUGGAGUGGGUUACUGUUGGGAUGGUUCUACCAAAAUAUAUACCCAAAGAUGUUUGUGUGUUUUAGGAUUGGAUGAUUUUUGACCUUUGCGAUUGUAUUUCCUGUUCUCUCAAAACGCCUGCAGAGCACAAGCUUAUUGGCUCACUGCAGAGACCUCGACUGCUUCUCCACUGAUAUUUCACAUUGACUAAUGAACCGCAAACUAGUUUGAUGUUGAUGUAGGCGUUCAAGUUCUGAAGAACUUUUCCCCUCAGAUUUAAAGUAGGAACAAGUAUCCCCUGCAAAGCAGCCCUGUAGAAUAUAGCGACUGGUUCCCCUGGUGAUGGCUAGAUACUGGUGGUUAAUGUGAUCCGUUACACAACUCAGGGAGCCACAAUGUUCUGCAUGUGGCUAUGACUCCUCAGUUACUUGUGCUUUCAAGGGCCAGAUGAAAUUGUUUUUUUCAUCAUGAACCUCACAGUUUUUCACAAGAGUCUCAGGUUUGUGACUGACCUUUCUAUUGGUUGGUGGUCAAAUCAUCACAACACCUCCUAGUUCAGACCAAUAGGAAAGUUCUCCGAAGCCUCUUAACAAUCAGGACAGACCAUCUCAUUCCAAACUCAAAUUGCUGAGGACAUUCUGUAGCGCCGCUUUAAGAGAAAACUGCUGAUGUGAAAGCAGCAGCAACAGUCACCGACUUUUGAAGAAAAACAAAAAAAAGCUUGUUUUUGUUCCUGGCCUGUUACAGUGCUCAGAGACAGAGAGAGAGAGAGAGCAAGGAGGCACAGGGCAACAUUUUCAGGUCACAGACCUUCUUGAAAUGAUUGUAUACUCUAAAAGAAAGAACUAUUCAGAGAGAAAAAAAACAUCAUCUGGAAUAGAUCUUGACGAUCGUGUCUCAUUGUGUCCCGUAGUAAUGAUGUAGUGGUUUUCUUUCCCCUUCAAUUAUGACCUUACACUUCUAGUCUUUUGUGUCCAUUUACAUAUUAUGAAAUCAAUUAUCUCUCCGUGAAAAAAAAUAGGAUUUCGAAUAGUGAUUCAUCUUUGUUUUGUUUUACAUCAAACGUACAAAUGCUUCACUCCACUCGCUGCUCGUUGGCCCUUUUAGAAUGUAUUUUGUGAAGAAAAGGGUUGAAUGGGAUCUAGCUGGUGUCGCUCACUAGCGCCGCCUGCUGGUUGGAACAGGGAAGUGCCGAAACACGAAUGAGCGUUGAAUCAUUUUGUGACGAUCCUCACCAGCAGUACUCAGAGUAUUUGAUGGUUUCAUUUCUCCAAGUGGGGUGAAGUGUUGCUCCUAUCUUCGGGUGUUUCUGUUCCGGCCUGGUCCUCCAGGGGGCGGUGCGGUGCCGCGGGUUUUUGUGUUUGUCCCCUGCAUCCGUUGUCUCAGCAGAAAUCCACUGAAUGUAUCUUCCUCACAGUCCAAGAGGCAGCGGGAUGCGGCGGGGGCCAGCUGAGUUUAGAUGGCUGCUACUGGCGCUUCCUCAUCCAGGCCGCUUGCGUGUGUCAGUCCAGCACACCCUCCCUCCCCUGUAACACACGCAGUGUCCUGAUGGGGGCGCAGAUGUCAGGUCUUCAGUCUAAAUAAGGCACAGGAGACGAUAAUAUUUUUGGCCGCCUGCUGCUCUCUCUGUGCUCUGGGGACUUUAAACAUUUCCUAUGCAGUUGUU